UUUUUUUUUUUUUUUUUUUUUUUUUUGUUUGUAACAAUGCUGCGGAGUGCCGUUCCUUUCCUGCGCCAGGCAUUGCAGCUGCGCGCUCCUGUCACCGCCGCCGCCGCUGCUGCUGCCCCCGCUGCUAUCGCAGCUCGAGGAUACGCCACACACGUCUUGGACAACCCCGAGUACGCCGCGCGCGACAAGGAGAUCCAGGCUGCCGCUGCUGCAUCAGACGCCCUCUUCCGACAGGAGGUCGCCGACCGCAAGAAGUUGACGCAGUCCAUUGCCAAGUUGAAACGCGCGUUCGACGAUGGCAAGCCCAGCGACCUGCCCAAGGACCUUUUGCACAAUAUUGCCAACACGCUCGUCAAAUACAACGACCGAUUCGCCGUCAAGCGUUUCCAGGUCUACCUGAAAGAGUACGAGCUCGAGAUUGACGAGGAUGUCCGACGACGGAUGGAUGAAUUCUUGACGCGCACUGCGGACGACGAUUGGUUUGCAAACUAACAAGUUUUCAUUCUCGUUUCUCGUUGAUGCUGCCUCGAGUCAGCAUGCGCUGUCCUCUGUUCUGUCUUGUCCUGUUCUGUUGUGUGCGUGUGUGUGUGUGUGUGUGUGUGUUUUGUGGUACUGUCGUAUUGUUCUCCCUCAUAUGUCAAUUCUCCUUUUUACAAAAGCCUUGUUC